AAUGAAAUAUUUAAACUAAAUUUUAGGAGGUGGUAAAAACUACACACUGGCCAAUUAUAAUAUGUCCUCUCGCUGCCAUUUUUCGUCAGCGAAUCGAUAAUAAUCACAAUGUCGUUAUCGCAUACCAUCGUGGAUAUCUUAAUAGUAUAAAAAAUUUGAUCCGUUCGUGAUUUUUAUGCGAUUUAGAUGUACUGCCGGUCCUUGCACGUGGCUCUGCAGUUCUUCAUGGUGGCCAACUACAUGUGGAUGUUCUGCGAGGGACUGCACUUGCACAUGGCUCUGGUUGUGGUGUUCGUCAACGACGUGAACGCGAUGCGCUGGUUCUACGCCAUCGGCUGGGGCGUACCUGUCGCGCUCACCGUCCUGUACGUGUCCUGGAGGAGCAAUUCCGAGGACACCGCACAGUGUUGGAUGCACGAGAGCCACUGCCAGUGGGUGCUGACCGUGCCGGUUUUCGCAUCCAUACUGACCAGCCUGAUGUUCCUGAUGAACGUCAUGCGGGUGCUGCUCACCAAACUGCAUCGGAACUCGACAAACCCGGCGCCCAUCGGAGUCCGGAAGGCGGUCAGGGCCGCGCUGAUCCUGGUGCCCCUGUUCGGCAUCCACUACAUCCUCAUACCGUACCGGCCCAAGCACAAGACCACCGUGGAAACGGUUUAUCAGAUAUUUUCCGUAGUGCUGGUGUCGACCCAGGGCCUUUGCGUGUCAGUGUUGUUCUGUUUCGCCAACGUGGACGUGCACGGAGCUUUUCACAAGUACAUUCGAAGGAUCAAGAGACGUGGCACCACGCACACCAACGUCACGGGCACUACGCAACCGGUCCAGUCGCAGAUAAGAGACGCGGUCGUCUGAACAGCGUCGGGAAAAUUUUAUAUCAUGAUAU